GAAACAUCCACAGCACUACCACAAAAUCCAGGCUUGUUAGGUUUGCUUGCGCAACCUGAAUGUUCAGGGCGUUCUCCCACGCCUGCACAAGGGCUCAGCUAGCCGGUGGUCACAGCAACUUGGGUGCUGCAGCGAAGUCUGGGCUCCUGUGUUGCGCAGACACCGGCGUUUACAGCAGCUCGGUCUGGCCUUGCGCAACACCCACGGUGUGGUGGUCAGCAUCUACCUCCAUCGCAGCUCGCCCGGCGCUCCGCAACGCGCUGCAUGCGCUAGGGCCGCGCCUGGCCAGCCCCGGACUGCUUUCAGCACCUCAACUGCUUGGCGGCAGCAGCAGCAGCAGCCUGAGGUGUUAUUUAGCUGCUUGCGCAAUCGCCAGUCGUGCGGUUAACGCACCAAGCGGCCCCGGUCGCAUCCGGCGCGGCGGCUGUCGGGGCCUCCACACAACUGCGGCUGCAGGAAUGCAGGAGCAGCAGCAGCAGCCUCCACCACUGACGGGGCCGCCGGCUCCGAAUGCGGCGACCGCAGCUGUGGCUGCUGCGGCGGGCGCCGGUGCUGACGUGGGCGCUGUGCGGGUGGCUGUGGGCCAGAUGACGGCGUGCGGCGACCAGGCUGCAAACCUGGAGGUGUGCAGCCGCCUGGUGCAGGCGUGGAACGGGUUGUGCGCCGGGGUUGUGCGCGCAUGACCUAUGCGGUUGGCCGUUGGCUGGGGUUACAGCGGUUGGCCGUCGGCUGGGGUUGCAGCGGUUGACCGUCGGCUGGGGUUAUAGCGGUUGACUGUUGGCUGGGGUUAUAGCGGUUGACCGUUGGCUGGGGCAGUGUGCGACUCUCACAGUGAUCA